CGCACGAUGACGUCGGUGUGUGUGCGACAGCUGCGGUGCUCAGUUGGCGCUCAGAAAACAAACAGGAACAGGAGCAGAGACGAACUGUGCAUCAGAGAUGCAGCCUGGACCAGAUCCUCCAGGAUCUGGUCUGAAGUCAGUCAGAAGGUCUCCUCGUCUGUCUCCACAGGGCAGCAGUAGCAGCAAAGGGACGGAGGAGAGGAGAGGAGGAAACAGUCUGAAGGAGGUGAAGAGGAGAGGAAGGAUGGAAAGGAGCAGAGAGGAGGAGCUGAAUGACAGACUGCAGACACUGGACCUGUCCAGUAGAUCAGCAGCCAGUGGUACAGGUCUAAUUUUCUCUGAGAUCUUCACUCAUCAUAAGAACCUGUGGGAGCCCAGUCAUGUAGAGAGUCCAGACAGAGUGACGUCCAUUAUAGAGGAGCUGGAGAAACAAGAGCUGCUGUCUCACUGCAUCAGAGUGGAGCCCAGACCAGCCUCAGAGGAGGAGCUGCUUCUCGCUCACAUGAAACAGUAUGUGGACCUGAUGAGAUCGACUCAGACGAUCUCAGAGACUGAGUUACACGCUCUGUCUGAGAAAUACGACUCAAUUUACUUCCAUCCUGAGACCUUCCAGGUGUCUGUGUUAGCCGUGGGUUCGGUCCUGCAGCUCGUUGAUCAGGUGAUGACCUCUGACCUCAGGAAUGGUUUCGCUGUCAUCAGACCUCCAGGUCAUCACGCUCAGGUGAACCAGGCCAGUGGUUACUCUGUCUUCAACAAUGUGGCGAUUGCAGCUCGAUACGCUCAGACCAGACACUCCGUCAGCAGGGUGUUGAUUGUGGACUGGGACGUUCAUCAUGGUCAGGGCAUCCAGUACCUAUUCCAGGAAGACCCCAGCGUCCUCUACUUCAGUGUCCACAGGUAUGAGCAGGGCUCCUUCUGGCCACACCUCCCAGAGUCUGACAGUCGGUUUGUCGGCAGUGGACGAGGUGAGGGGAGAAACAUCAACCUGCCCUGGAACAAGACGGGAAUGACUGACGCUGAUUACAUCGCUGCUUUUCAACAGCUGCUGCUUCCUGUGGCCUACGAGUUUCAGCCUCAGCUGGUUCUGGUCUCUGCUGGAUUUGAUGCUGCAGUCGGAGACCCGAAGGGGGAGAUGUGUGUGAGUCCUCAGUGUUUCCAGGUCCUGACUCACCUGUUGAUGAGUUUGGCUGAAGGUCGACUCGUCCUCGCUCUCGAGGGAGGUUAUAACCUGCAGUCGACAGCAGAGGGCGCUGCAGCCUGUGUCAGAGCUCUGCUGGGAGGAGGCUGUCCUCCUCUGACUCCGCCCACCGCUCCGUCCGACAGCGCUCUGCAGUCAAUCUCUCAGACGCUCUGUGCUCUGUAUCCACACUGGGCGUCUCUACAGGUGCUGGAAGGCAGCUCGUUGGCUGAGCGUGACCUCAUCAGAGCAACAACCAAUGAGCAGAGCAGCAAGCAGACCGGCUCCACCCCAACUGUUGCCGUGACAACAGGCCUGGUUUACGACGAGAGGAUGAUGGAGCACCUGAAUAUGUGGGACAGACAUCAUCCUGAGCAGCCUCAGAGAAUCUCCAAGAUCUUCUCCAAACACCAGCAGCUGGGAUUGGUCGACCGUUGCCAACGGAUACCGGCUCGCCUGGCGACAGAGGAGGAGCUGAGCAUGUGUCACAGUGUGCAGCACGUGGAGCAGAUGAAGGCCACGGCACUGAUGAAACCCAGAGAUCUGCACAAACUGGGAGAAGAGUUUAACUCUAUCUACAUCAACAACCAGAGCUUCCAGUCGGCCCAGUUAGCUGCUGGGAGCUGCUUCAACGCCGUGGAGGCCAUCCUGAGCGGAGAGGUGAGUAAUGGCGUGGCGAUCGUCCGUCCUCCUGGUCAUCACGCUGAGAGAGACUCUCCCUGCGGAUUCUGUUUCUUCAACACGGCGGCGCUCACUGCUCGCCAUGCCCAGAAAAUCUCCCAUCAUUCACCACUCAGGGUGCUAAUUCUGGACUGGGACGUUCACCAUGGCAACGGGACACAGCACAUGUUCGAGGACGACGACAGCGUCCUGUACGUCUCCCUCCAUCGCUACGACAACGGGACGUUCUUCCCGUCCUCGGAGGACGCCGCUGCCGACCGGGUUGGCGUGGGCAGAGGGGCGGGGUGUAACGUCAACGUGGCGUGGAGCGGAGGACGGAUGGGAGACUCUGAUUACCUUGCUGCUUUUCACCACAUCGUCAUGCCGAUCGCUACCGAGUUUAAUCCUGGUCUGGUUCUUGUGUCAGCCGGGUUCGACGCAGCUCGGGGGGAUCCACUGGGUGGAUAUCAUGUGACCCCAGAGGGAUACGCCCACCUCACACACCUGCUGAUGUCACUGGCCGGGGGGCGGGUCCUACUCAUCCUGGAGGGAGGCUACAACCUGUCCUCCAUCUCUGACUCCAUGGCCAUGUGCACCAGCGUGCUGCUCGGAGACCCUCCUCCAUCCCUGGUGACGCCCCUCCCCCCUCCACAUCACAGCGCCGUGGCAACUAUCAGUGAGGUCAUCCGACACCACGCCCCCUACUGGAGGUCGCUGAGGAUACACAUCCCAGAGUCUGUGCGGGCGUCCCUGUCCUCCCUGAAGCAUCGUGGGAAACGUAGUUCUAAAGGAAAAGGCAGGAAGUCAGAGCAGAGCGGUGGAGACAAACCUCCGUUGCCUCGUACAGGAGCGGAGGACACGACGACGGAGCGCAGCCUGGACCAGCUCGCUCAGGGAUUGGCCAGUCUGGACAUCAGUCAGACCUCAGCCAAUCACGUUCCUGCUGUGUCCACUCCAGUGGGCGGGGCCAGGCCGAAGGUCCGGCUCAGCCCGGAGAAGGUCAUCUGUGCAGAUGAAGUGAAGGUGGAGUCUAGUGCAGCUGCAGCUGUGCAGAGCCAAUCAGCAGACAGCGCACGGCCUCAGACGGUUGCCGUGGCAGCACCAGAGCUGGUUGCCGCUGGAGACGAGGUCAGUGGCAGAGUGGGGGUGGAGCCAGAGGCAGAGGGAGCGUGUGGUUGGUCGAAGCCUCAGAUGUCUGUGGAGCUGACGUAUGGAGGACAGACAGACGCACCCACUCUCUACGUGAUCGACCCUCUGCCCUGGUGUCCUCACCUGGACGCUGUUAAGCCCCUCCCCCCCUCAGGUGUAGACGUCUUCCUGCCAUGUCAGGACUGCGGCUCAGAUGCUGAGAACUGGAUCUGUCUCACCUGUUACCAGGUGUUCUGUGGUCGUUACGUUAACGAGCACAUGCUGACUCACGGAACUGUGUCUGAACACCCUGUGGUCCUGAGCUUCUCCGACCUCUCUGUGUGGUGUUACCUGUGUGAGGCCUACAUCCACAACCAGAUUCUGUUUGAGGCUAAAAACGCUGCUCACUGUGCCAAGUUUGGAGAGGAGAUCCCUCCAUGGAGCUGAGGAGGAGCAGGAGGAGGAGGAGAGGAGGAGAUGAAGAGGAGCAGCAUGUGAUUGGACAGGUGAUUGUGUUGCCAUGGAUACCAGCAGCAGUGGUUUGUGGGAAAUGUAGUGACGUCUCCGGCAUCUCACAACUGCCAAAAAACAACAAACUCACAUCCAAAAACAAGAAGAAAAGAAGAGGUUUUUUAACAAAUUUUAACUGCAGAUUGGUGCUGAUCUUCAUCUUCGUCAUCAUCUCACCAUCAUCAUCAGCAGCAGCAGCAGGUUGUCGGUUCAAUUCCCUGAAAAUGUGACCGAUCAUCAGCAGACUGUGGAUGACACGGACAGAAGAAGAAGAAGAGUUUUAAAUUAAGUUUCUGUGAAGGAAACGACAGAAAUUUGAUCAUUUCUUUUUGUUUGUAAAAAAUAUUUGUAAUGCUCCUUUAAUGAUGGAUCAGCUGAUCACAACAUGGUUAGAAAAGAUGAAAUCACCCCCCCCGGUAAUAUAAUGACGUGUCCACACACACCAGCUGCUGUCAGAGUGCACGUCACAUUAUCUACAAACGAGCUGAAAAAAUUUUAGAGAAUCCUGAAACCAGGCGAAACCAGGUGAAGCCAGGUGAAACCAGGUGAAGCCAGGUGAAACCAGGUGAAACCAGGUGAAGCCAGGCGGCUGAUUGGUUCAGACAUUCUCUGUAUGACAGAAACAAUAAAAUAAUCUGCAGACAUUCGGAGGGAAACUGAACUCACUUCCUGUUCACAUGUUUAAAUAAAAAUAAAGUUUUUAAUCCGAUUUUUCUUUUUAACAGAAGCAGCUGGAGAAAGUCUGAAGGUUUAAAAAGCUGAGGUGUGUUUGGUUUCACCACCUGUUUCUGCAGUGAAUCAGGAUCAGAGCAGUUUCUGUGUUGGAGGUGCGUUUGAUUUACAGGCUCUGUCAGAUGUUGGUGGUGUUUGGGUGUUCAGGUGGUGAGAGGUCGUCUGUGUGCUGUGCAAUAUUCUGUUCUUUUCUGUUUUAUUCUGAUUAAACAUGUUCGUAUGUGG